AUGGCGGGCGGCUUGAUGGGAAUGGCGGUUGACUUGGCGGUGACGGGAAAGGACUGGUUGGAGAUGGCGACUUCUCAGGCCGAAAUUACAUCCGCUACAGUUUAUCUCGCGGUCGUCUUCAUGCACAGGCUUGAAGCACUUCAGACACAGUCCGAGGUUGGGCUCGGAUUGCGCGGGAAACAGGGUCGGGUAAGUGGGGACUCCUCCCGGAGAUGUGCUGAUCGCAAUUCUCGUCGAAUGAGCAGAAUGCACAACACCACUUGGGUAUGGUGCUAUUAAGC